AUUCAAUUGCCCGCAGGCUUCAAUUGUUCGACGUCGACGGUCCUUUCUUCCUCUGAAAAAGGAUCAUCUUCCUGAAUCGUCGCCUCCCCCGAGCCCGGUCCGCCGUCCAACUAUCGCCAAAUUUCUCCCUGCUUUCGCGCCGCCCGCGAGAGCUAAUUAUUCACCAUGAUCUCCUCAGUCCUGAGACGGACUGUUCGUCAGAACACUCUCCUCCGCACCAACCUCUCUUCCCAGAUCCUGAGAUGUUACGCCUCUUACCCCCGCACACCAUCAUCAAGAUGCCCGCUCUGUCGCCCACCAUGACGGCGGGAAAUAUCGGAUCUUGGCAGAAGAAGGCCGGUGACAGCAUCGCCCCCGGUGAUGUCCUGGUUGAGAUCGAGACCGACAAGGCCCAGAUGGACUUUGAGUUCCAGGAGGAGGGUGUUAUCGCCAAGCUCCUGAAGGAGUCCGGUGAGAAGGACAUCCCCGUCGGUAACCCCAUUGCCGUCCUCGUCGAGGAGGGCACUGAUGUCAGCGCCUUCGAGGGUUUCUCCGCCGCCGACGCCGGUGGUGAGUCUAAGCCUGCCCCCAAGGAGGAGCCCAAGAAGGAGUCCGAGUCCAAGCCUGCCCCUACCCCCGAGCCCGAGAACUCCUCCGACGACUUCAACAAGCCCGCCGGCAAGCUCGAGAACGCUCUCGAGCGUGAGCCCAACGCCUCCUUCACCGCCGUUCGCCUCGCCAAGGAGAAGGGCAUCAACAUUCGCGACGUCAAGGGUUCCGGCAAGGGUGGUAAGAUCACCGAGGAGGAUGUCAAGAAGGCUGUCUCUUCCCCCGUCGUCGCCGCUCCCGGCGCUUCCUACGAGGACGUCCCCAUCAGCGGCAUGCGCAAGACCAUUGCCUCCCGCCUCGUCGAGUCCACCCAGACCAACCCCCACUUCUUCGUCUCCUCCAGCAUCUCCGUCAGCAAGCUCCUCAAGCUUCGCCAGGCCCUCAACGCCUCCUCUGACGGCAAGUACAAGCUGUCAGUCAACGACUUCCUCAUCAAGGCCAUCGGUGUCGCCUCCAAGAAGGUUCCCCAGGCCAACUCCAGCUGGCUCGGCGAUGUCAUCCGCCAGCACAACACCGUCGACGUCUCCGUCGCCGUUUCCACCCCUACUGGCCUCAUCACCCCCAUUGUCACCGGUGUCGAGGCCCGCGGUCUCGAGGGUAUCUCCUCUGAGGUCAAGAAGCUCGCCAAGCUCGCCCGCGAUGGCAAGCUCAAGCCUGAGCAGUACCAGGGCGGCUCCAUCUCCAUCUCCAACAUGGGCAUGAACGACGCCGUCGACAGCUUCACCGCCAUCAUCAACCCCCCUCAGUCCACCAUUCUCGCCAUCGGUACCACCAAGAAGGUCGCUGUCCCCGCUCUGUCCGAGGACGGCACCACCGGCGUCGAGUUCGAUGACCAAAUCACCAUCACCGGCAGCUUCGACCACAAGGUCGUUGACGGUGCCGUUGGUGCCGAGUUCCUCAAGGAGCUCAAGAAGGUUCUCGAGAACCCCCUCGAGCUCCUUUUGUAAGCAAAAUCUGCUGUCGUUGUUGUUGACGUUGCGUUGCGCGUGCGGAGGCAAAAAAGAGGCAUGACGUGAAAGUUUCGAAGAGGCGUAUCCGGCGUGAGAGAAUUAUAGACAAUCCAGGCCGAUGGAUAUGACCUGUGGCUUUUUUGCCAAAGGGAGGAAGCGGAGGGCAGUGAAAGACGGGCCGAAAGCAUACACCAUCUGCU